GCUGCCGUUGACAAAGCCUUUAUUUUGGUCGGAGCACAUGGCAGUGGGAGCUCAUCCCUUUUGAUAGAACGCCGGGCUAGCAGCCACAGGUGGAGUUCGAGUUGACGCUUCCUUGUACUGUCUUGUACAACUUCCGUUACAGCUGCUCUUUACGCCAGCUUUACACCUCCAAAAUUCCGUUUUUCAAACAGACUUGCUUAUUGACGCAAAUAGACUUCAGGUGGAGACGACGACCCACGGCACUGAAACGCAGCACUUCAUAUAGGUUCUCAAGAGUGUGUGCCAGACUGAUCAAUGGCACUGACUGUGAACUUGAUUGGUCCAUCGCCAUGGGGCUUCAGAAUAGUUGGAGGAAGGGACUUCAAAAAGGCCAUAAUUGUAUCUAAGGUCAACGGAGGUAGCAAAGCGGAGCAAGCAGCUCUCAAACCAGGUGAUGUCAUCUUGGCCAUCAAUGGGGAAAAUACUGCUGACAUGCUAAAUGCAGAAGCCCAGAACAAAAUCAAGAACUCCAAGACCCAUCUGCAGCUGAUGGUGGAGAGGUGUGCACUGUCCAAUCCAAAACAGACAAAUGGUAUCAGCACCCCUGACCAGCUCACUGGGCACUUUCAGGAAGCAGUAAUGGUAAGUCGAGACGAAAACCAGAACUAUCGACAGUACAGCAUAUCCAGCCCUGCAUCACUGUCACCUGUGCCGUAUUCACAACCUCUUGACAGUCCUGACUGCAAGAAAGAGACAUUGACAACCACCACCACCAGGAGUGUCCAUCUGCGUUCAUGGUCCCCAGAGGAUAAGAAUUACAGACUGUCCAGGGCACUUUCGCAGGAUUUCUCUCCUUCAGACUACAGAAACAGUUCUUUCUCCAGCAGAACCCCGACCCCACCAGGACACUACUCACCUCAUCGUGCCCUUGAUCACGACAUGUCUCCUCAUCACAGUUCAAGCUCGGAACCGGUCAUGCAGAGGUUUGACAAGGACUCAGAGGUGUACAAAAUGAUCCAGGAGAAUAAGGAGACUCGCUCAGCGCCUCGUCAGUCCAACACCUUCAAAAUGCUGCAAGAAGUUCUGGAGGCUGACGAGAAAGAGGCAGCAUUAAAGUUCCCGGGAAAGUUGUCACCCAGCGUUCCGAAAGUAAGCACACCGGUGGGAGGAGUCAGCAAAUACCACACCUGUGAGAAAUGUGGCACCAGCAUUGUCACACAGGCCGUGCGCAUCGUGGACGACCGCUUCCGCCACCCCGAGUGCUACACCUGCACGGACUGCGGCCUGAACCUCCGGAUGAGGGGUCACUUCUGGGUGGGUGAUGUGAUGUACUGUGAGAAACACGCCAAGCAGCGGUACCAAGGUCCAUCCGGCUCACCUCGAUCCAGUCUCUCCCCUCACCACUGAGUCUUAACGCCACUGGCUGCCUAACAUCCGCCUCAUCGGACCCCCUUGCGGACAAUGGGCACGCACGUGGGAAGGUGUCGACGACGUGGCAGAAUUUUGCUUUUCUCCUCACAUUUAACAUUGUUUGGCGAUACUGUAUUAUCCUUCACUUCAUUGAAAAUUUGGGGAGGUUUUCCAUGUGGCCCACAGUCACUGUUGUUAGCUCUAAAAAUACACCCUCCGUGAGUCCAUGAUUGCCACAUGUACUGAGGUGACUGUACUUUUACCAAUACACCAAAACUUUAACAUGACCGAGGCUCUUUUUACUCUCCAAGAUCUGGAUAAUCAUUCAUAAAACAAACAAAGAAAAUCAAACAGCAAUAGAAAGGGACCAAGUGUGCUCUACACCGCAUGCCAUGCAGUUGGUAUAAAAUCUGUGUGUUUGUGUGCGUGGGGGUGGGGGUUGGCGUGCGCACGAGUGUGUUUAGGUGUGCAUGUGUGUGUUCGCGCACGUGAGUGAGAGGGUGAGAAAAAUGUGUUACGGUGAUGAUUGCAGUCUCGAAUGAUUUUUUUUCUUUCUAGCUAGGCCAGCAACAUUUUCUAUAUCUCAUUGUAAAUGGAAUUUAAUAGGAAACAACAAAAAUAUGUAUUUGAUUACUUCUUUUGCUGUUGUGUUGCUUAGGAGGGAUUAGGAGGGUUCUUUCAUUAUUCAAAGAUUUUGAAUGUUUGUGUGAUUGAGCUGUAUUCUAUUAUAUAUUUAAAAAUGUGUAUAUCUCUACACACACACCAUUUUCAAUGCACGAGAGUGUGAAAAUAAGUGAUACUGUAUUUGUGAUCAGUGAUAGAAGUGUAAUCGCCCAGUUAGAGUAGUACUCUGCAUGUGGCAUUUAAUAAAUUGCACAACUUGAA